AUGGAUCCGAUAGCUCCUUCAUCAUCAAACACUGUGACUCUCCGGCCGAUGCCUCAGCUAGAGCAUCUCUGGACGCCCGAAGACGAUUGGACGGGGGUCAGCGAUCGAACCCACCGUCGCCGGCUGCAGAACCGCUUGAAUCAACGAGCCUAUCGCCGAAAACACAAAGCCGCUACGGGGAAUUCCUCAUCCUCAUCCUCAUCCCCAUCUUCAUCCAGCACUCAAACCUUAAUCCCGCAUUCCUCCACUAUCCACCACCACCCCACAACACCAACACCAACACCACCAACAUCAACAUCAGACGAAUUUGACGAUCUCCACUGCCACCUCGCCCCCCACAACUUCCACCAAAUCCGGCAUGCCUUCACCAUCCUCGCCACGCAAAGCUACCUCACCAAUUCUCCCCGUCUCGAACACCUCCUCAGUCUCUCCCGCCUGAACGUCCACCGCGCCAUCAACGACAAUAUCCGUAUCCUGGGCAUGACUCCCGCCUGGAUACGGCCCGAUGAUGCGCUCUCCAUAUUCAACAACAACACCAUCAUCACCAAUAACCCUUCCCCUCUUCCAGACGUAGAUAUAUCUACCCUUCCCGAAAGUCUCCGCCCCACAGCUCUGCAGCGCCUCGUCCCCCACCACCCCUGGCUCGACUUCUUCCCGUUCCCCGAAAUGCGGGAUCGGUUGAUUGUGGCGGCGACGGCGGGCUACUUGGAUGAGGAUGAGCUGUGUCGGGAUCUCAUGGCGUUUUGGGAUACGAGGAACUCCGGGGCCACGUUGGUCGUGUGGGGGGUGCCGUGGGAUCCUUGGAAUUGGGAGGUUACGGAGGCGUUUUUGGCGAAGUGGAGUGUUCAAGGUUCUGCAUUUGAGCACUGGAGUGCGCCGUUCGAAUUUGUCACUACAGGAUGUCCUGAUAGGUUCCACUUGGCACCGGGCCUAAAAGGGCUCUAUUGGCUCUUUGAGGUAUCGGAGAAUGUUCUUCCCUGCGGACUCAUCCUUUUGCCGGUGAAGUCUGUCAAAGCGCACGAUUCCGAAUUAAACCAGUGGUUGCCCAACUCGUCUACAGUACUUGUCAACCUGACUACGCCUAAGCUGCGUGACGCAAGGAUCAUUGCAGCAGCACUGUUGACGCUUUGA